UCUAAAAACUCAUAAAAACAUGAGGUCAAAUGCGUCGUAAAAUUUUGAAGUACUUCGAGCUAUUAAGCUUGUAACUUUUAACUCGCAUGUUAGCGAUUCACUUAGGUAUUAUGUAAAUAAUUAUAAUUUGUUUAAUGAUUUUUAUUCAAACCAUUACUGUAGUUAUGAACCAUUCACUGUUUACAAUACUUAUAUUGUGACGCCUGCAUUAAGGAUAAUGACAUCUCUUAUUCCUGUCAGCCUCUCAAUAGUCUCAAUCUAAAGUAGUCGCUUCAAGGAUGUGGUUAAAGAUUAUCGUGUUUAUGUGCUUGGCCAACGUUUGGACCAAUGUUGGUGCAGACAAUUGCAAAUUAAAUGAUAUUAUAUCCGACGGUCAUCUCAUUCCAUAUGAUUUAUCACACAAUUUUGAUGAAAAAACAGUUUAUUGGCCGAAUGUGAAACCUUUUGGGUUUACAAAGAAAACUGCUGAGGACAGGGAACAUGGCUGGUAUGCUGCAAAUGAAUUUGAGGCCGGCGAGCAUGGUGGAACACACAUGGAUGCACCGAAUCACUUCUACAAGGAAGGCAAAUCCGUCGGAGAAAUACCUAUGGAGAAGCUCAUCCUACCUCUCGUAAUUGUGGAUAUCAGCUCACGUGUCAAUGACGAUCCGAACUUUGUGCUUCACAAGCAUCAUUUGGAUUAUUUGCUAAACAACAACAAUGGAAAACCCUGUAUGAUAAUAUUCAAAUUCGGAUGGAGCAAGUUUUACGGCGAGAAACAGAAGUACUUGGGUAUAAACGAGACAACUCGCACGCUCAACUUUCCUGGUCUCAGCGAAGAGAUAGCAGAAUGGAUAACGACUUCAUACAAGAACGUGGUCGGUAUAGGCGUGGAUACAGCUUCCUUGGACCCGGGCAGCAGCACUACCUUCCCAGCUCACCAGAUCACUACAGCUGCGGGCUUGUACGGCAUGGAAAACGUUAAGCUCGAUAUGCCAGUUCCAGAAUAUGGUUGCACUGGCAUCGCCAUGCCUAUGAAGAUAUCGAAGGGCACUGGAGGACCGCUUCGGUUAGCUGCUAUAUGUCCUAAGACCGUACCCACCACGUUUUAGGACUAUGUCUUGUUAGGAAAACAAAAUGCACGCCAGUUUGUAUUCCGGAUAUAUUUGUGUAAUCUUCGUAUCAACAGUAAUUAACACUUGUUUUAAUUUUAAUUACUUGAUUGUUUAUCUAUUAAAUACGUAAAUUUGACGAAAA